CAGAGCAUGAGAGCUACAUCAGACACCCCCCACCAAUAUCAACAAAACUUAUAGUAACGGUACAUACCGGACAACGCAUCCAAACUCGACCAAACUCACCAGAUAACUAAUAACCGAAUUACGAUCAUGCUGCGGAAAGGUUGGCUCAUCGUACACCUCUGAAAAUGGAGACGUCAGCGCCGAAGCGACGCAAGACCUCGCCUACAUCGAACGUGCCAGUGGGUGGAUCAGACGCAUCCGGUCCAGCGUCGUCGUCGUUGUCGUCGUCGUCGUCGGGCAAAGGCACAAGGCGAUCCAGUAGGGCAAAACGACCUUCCUUCGCCUCCCCGACAAAAACCAGUCUCGCGCGCGCAAAUCCCGAAGUCCUCGAUCAACGUAAUGCUACCCGCCGGGGGGAGCGCAUGCAGGAGCGCAUGCGUGGUGCAGGGCGUCACGAAGUCGCAGAUGAAUCCUUCGGCCUCAUAUUACCCGUUGACGACGAGGAUGAGGAAGACCCGCCGAGGCAAGACAGAGCGCCCGCCGAUCUGGACUUGAAUAGUGCUGGGAGCAUUGAUGCCGAUGAACAAGCAGUUACCGCCCAGCUAGAGGGCGCAUCAGAACACCGACCAACUUCUGAUCCGAUCGAACCUGACGUCGGUCCAGAACCCCGAGUGUCCGAGCCCCAAAGUCCCCUACGCCAGGCAAUGAAAGGCAUGCGUGGGAGGCCACGGCGAUCCAUGAAUGUGCCUUCGCCGAGACCAUUACCGCCCCCGUCGGCGCAGGAGGAGGAACUGCUCGACCCCUUCAAGGGCAGGGUGCUGCGCCGCUCGCCGCCUCGGGGUGUCAUACCAGCGCAAGAGCCAGAAGAACCAGACCUGCCACCUACACCAACACAAAAGGGCAUAUCAGACCCCAAUGCCGUCAUCUCGUCGCCAGCCGGCAUACACAACACGCCGUCCAGGCGACCUAGGAGGAGUCGGGCGCUUGCAGACAAGUUGCGCAGUGGUAGUUCCCCCCUGAAGCAACCACCUGUGAGACCGAUUGACUUGGGUAUGGUUGGCAAAGCAUCCCCGCAGUCUAGAAUACCGACAUCGCGUACUACCAUAUCGGCAGGACUUGGAAAAGCCUCUUCUCGAACGAGCAAACUGCCAUUGAGAGCAGCCACGAGAGAUCAAGUUCCGGAUCCCCAACCAACACGAGAAGAGUUUGAUACAGGAAAGCCACACCCCGCUCGAGCAGUCCGGGAGUUUGAUCCGUUUGCAGAGAAGAAGUCGAUACGGGACGCGCUACGAGAAGAGGCUACCCAGCUGCAAAGAGACCUACACAUCUUGCAAAAAGAGAAUGGCAGGUUGUAUGCAUCACGACAACGGCGUCAGAGAACUUCGAUGUCGCAGGAACUCGAAAAUGCAGAAAAGGUGUUGGAUGUUCUUAGCCGGCACGCCAUCCCCCCUGAAAAAGACUCGAUACCAGACCCGGCGACGAUAUGGCUCGAGGCAGCAUUGGACCCAAUGUCCUUUCUCCCUUUUGGAAAAUCUACAAUCAUAUUGCCUAGCCCUUUCCAACUCCCGGAGGGUGAGGACGACUCGCCGCCUAUAUCCCACCAUCCAUUAUCAAUGCCAAGCGCUGAAGAGCUCCCAUAUCUUCAACUGUUUACACCGUUGACAUUCCAUUCAUCCAUCACCUUCGUCCCUCGUGAACCACACGAGAACGAUGACAAAGAUGAGGACAAGGCUGGUCCUCUUAUGCAGCAGCACGAUAUCUCUGUGUCUUCUACGCCUCAGGGGCUGUUCGCAGCGAGGAUAGAGAUGCUCGUUAACACCAAGACUUUGUCCAUAGCUAAACUAUCUGUCCCUAAGCUGGAACCAGCUUCCGCACCGGAACUCGGGCCCCUCGUCAAGAAGAUCGUGGACAAUCAAGCAGGGUCUGCCCACCUUCUUAGGCGGAAUGCGAGCAUCCUCACCUGGGCUAUGGCCGAAUGGACCAGAAUAGCCAGUAAAAGAGCAAGAUUUUGGUGUCAAGUCACGGAAGAACUCGAGUUCAGGCAAGGCAUCAUUGACUGUGUGCAGAAGAUGCGCCAGGGGCGAGGGAAGAAGCGUAAUCAUAGGCAAACAACCGACUCAGAUGCAGAGAGCUCAGAUAGGGAAGGCCACAGCGAGAAGAAGAGGCAGUACACCAGGACUCAGCUGCUUCCUUUGAUGGGACGCACCAGCCUUGACCUCGACUUGACUGUGGACGGCCACGACGAGGUGGAGUUGAGGAUUACAUGGAGGAUCGGAUUUGAUUGGACCGGAGAAGGACGGAGCACGAUCGGAGUUCUGGUCCAGACACCCGGAAAGUGGCACGCUCAAGAUGACAGGCGAAGCUUGGCAGGCAUCCCGGCAUUAUUCGAUACACUGCUUCAAAAAGGCAGCGAACCGAUGGAUGCUCUGAGGACAGUGGUAUCCGUACUAGUUGGCGACGAGAUGGCUUAAACUUCAAGGUUGUGAAAGACGGUGUGCAUGAUGGAAAGAAUAGCUGGACAAUUAAGAUUUGAAGACCUGAUAAUGACGAUGAUACCCUUGGACUAGACAGUCGGCGGAGUACGCGGUAUUAUGUUAUAUUUCAAUCAAUCAGAGCGACGGUGCGGCAUCUCGCGGCCCUGUGGACCCUUGACUGCAUCUUGAUUUGGUAAUUCCUGAUUCGUAUCAACAAUUUUUGGUAGGCGUUUCUUCCUGGGAGCAGACCAUUGGCGAGAUACUCAGGUAGGAAAAGUGGCUUUGUACCCUUAUCACAAUAUUAUGCACAUCCUCCUGAUCU